AUGGAAAGAGAGGAAGAUGACAAAAUCAAAUCUCUUAAAAGAACUUUCACCGACAAAAGUUGGGAAGUCGUCGAAUUAACUAAUACGCUAUCCACCUCGAGAAUAUCCCAAGAUGCCCUAAUACUUGGAAGCGACACAGACGAAGCUGAUGACACCAGCACAAACUAUUCUUGGGAUGUAAUCGGUUCUAGGGGAAUCAGCCGAUCGGCUACUAUACUCACGGACUAUUCAUCUAACUCGAACGCUUCCGGUGGACUUACGAAUUUCUAUGGCCGUGGUAACUUCAGCAGUUCAGCUGCUGUCGAAAGCCACACAGGUUCCUACGACAUCAUCGACUUCCUCGCAGUCGCUCAACAUCGCCGUCUCCAGGUCCUGCCUUUCAGAUGGAACCCUGCAAGCGAGGUUGGCCUCGGGGGUACCGCGAAAAUAACACAGGCAGCUACAAUUUCCAUCGCAUACCAUAAUGGCAUUAAACAGGACAUAAAAUAUGUCGCUAAAAGAUUUCAGGCCGAGGGCGCAAUGUACCAGGACAAAAAUAGCGCGUACCAAGGACUUCUAUCAGAGGCUUAUAUUCUCGGCCAUCCAGUCGUGCGACGUCAUCCAAAUAUUAAUAGCGUAGAAGGAAUCGCCUUUGAUGUGAUAUUCGACGAAGUAUGGCCGGUAUUGAUCUUUAAAAUGACAGAGCAUGGGGAUCUUAGACAGUUUAUGCAAACUGUUGAAGGAAAGAAUCUUUCAUUUGACCAGCGGGUGGAACUUUGUUGGGAAAUUGGCCAUGCUAUCAGCUUGAUGCAUUCUUGGUAUUGCAUCCACGGUGACUUAAAACCAGAAAACGUUCUCAUCUUCCAAGACGAGAACAAGAAAUUCUCGGCUAAAGUCACCGACUUCGGUUUCUCUUCCAUCUUCGUUCAAGACGACGAAACCCUCGAGAUAACGCUCCCUCACUCUUGGCCCUGGACGGCCCCAGAGGUCGAAGUUAAUCCUCGGGUAACCUUCGAACAAGCCAAAUCAGCGGACACUUUCUCCUAUGGACUCAUCUGCGUGUGGCUUCUUUGCUAUGACAUUUUGCCGGCAAAAGGAUCUGAGAAACCCGGUCCCAACAUGAUAUCCUUUGCUAGUUUGAAAGAAGAUCCUGACCUUAUUCGAAAAGCUACAGACUUGGUCAGAAUAUACGUGAAGGAUAAUUCGUCUAAAUCACUUGCCAUUGUCUCGUUAUUCGACUUAACGCUAGGGCACGAUCGCAGCAAGAGAGAUCUAAAGACGCCCCUCAACAAUUUAGGACUACCAUUUGGUUUCAAGAGAGUAACCCAAGCCUUGCACCAAGAAUAUGGCGAAUCCUCAGUUUUAGUUACCAAUGCUAAGUUUAAAUUGGUAAACAUGCUCUCACAGUUCCGCCUCUGCGGCGAGGAGGUUCGAAAAUCUAUCUUUGAACAUCUAGAGCGCCGUGCAGAAACGGAACUCAACAUGGAACCUAUGCAAAGCGCAGCUUACGACCUCGCUCUAUCCUACUACAUCGGCUUUGGAACGAGUAUUGACAAAACAAAGUCGGCUUUUUGGCUCGAAAAAUCCAAUGGGUCACAAGAAUCACUAGAUGAUAUCGUUUCAAUGAUGGUCGCCGAUACCUUAUCUCUCUACUACGCUGCAAACGAGAAAACUCAUUACAACGCUUACUUGAAAUCCCAAGGUCAUCCCGGCUCAAUCCCCGCCUCAUUAAUCCGUUCAACAUUCUCCCAUGAGAAAUCAUCGGACGAUGACGAUGACGAACUGGGGUUAAGGGGCACUGGUGAAUUGAUAGUCUAUAUGGAAAGUCUUCGCUACCAACUUUUCAAAAUGAUCGGUUUUAUAUAUGACGGCCCGGAUAUAUGGAAAGCUCCAAUGUGGAUGAACGGGAUGCACGGAAUCCAGAUGGGUUUCCACGGCAAAUAUAAGAAUAAACCUUUGACCAUCGGCGAGCCACUAAAAAUUACAAUCACGCCGGACAAUCCCAAAAGGACAAAAGAUCAUAUCGACGCUGUUACGAGGAGUCUGGAGACCAAAACCGCAAUCCUGGGAUUAGAGCACGAAGAUACGCUUCGAGAACUUGUUACGUUAUGCCACCUAUACUCCGAGUGCAAGCGUUGGGAUGAUGCAGAGGCGCUGCUCAUUAGUACCGUGUGCACGCAGCGAGAUAUUCUAGGUUCCGAUAACCCAGUUACGCUCAGGAGCAUGGAGCGUCUUGCCGAAGUCUUAAUCGAAAAGGCUUGCUGGAAAGAAGCCCAAGACAUAGUUUUCAAGAUUGUGGACAUUAGAUUGGCGAUAUCACGUCCGCAACUCGAGCAUAACCAACACACUUUAGAGAUUAUCAUGGAUUUGAUUAAAGGAUAUUCAUCCAAUGGAAUGGAAGAGGCAGUAGAACCGCUAUGGAAUAAACUAAUCCAAAUUUUCAGGGCCGUGGCAGCAGGAGGUGGGAAGAUUGAACUCGUUUUGUUGGGUCUGCUACAGCUCGCUCGAGAGUAUAUAAAAAACCAAAAAUACGAAGGGGCAGAAAAACUACUCCGCGAACUACUGGAGAAAGCGGAAGAGUUUUACGGCAAAGAAACUGUAUAUGCCAUGGAGAUAAAACAGCUUCUAGCCGCAGCCUCCCUAUUCCAAUCAACAGAAAAUCCGCACAUGUUCAAGGAGGCUCACCGAUUGCUCGUUGAAAUCCGAACGUUUCUAUCAACUACCGCAAUCUCCAAUUCAUCCCCAAGAGAUGAAAGGUUUGUACACAAAGUAGAUAUCAAUGACCUCCGAGAUAAAACUGAAAUGCUCUGGUCUUUGGUCCAAGAAGGCCUGGAUUCGAGCCCUAGCAUCGACGCGGUUCAAAGAGCGGAAGAAGCCCUAGAAAAUCUACCCGAGGAUUCGCCGGACCGUACCGAUGUUCUAGCCACGCUAGGAGAAGCACUUAUAGCCCGGUUCAACCUACUCAACGACCCUGAUGACCUUGACGCCGGAAUUAUGUGGGCGGAGCAAGCGUUACUCAUCUUACCGGAAGAACAUCCGAGAAGAGCCCAGCGACUGGCAGAUCUAGGUUCCGCAAUAUGGCACAGAUAUAUAGUUACCUCCUCUUUCUCUGAUUUGGAAACCUCUAUUCAGUACGCAGAAGAAUCUGUGCUUCUAGCAGAAGAUGGAGAAGAGGGAAUUGCCGAAAGGUUACAAGUUUUGGUGGUACGGUUAGAUAUUAGAUACGAAAAGACCGAAGAUUUAGACGACCUGAACAAAGCGAUCGUCUUCCUCGAACAGUUGACCUAUUUGACCGAGCCAAACGACGACAAAUACGCCUACUGGAUAGAUAAACUAGGCACCUUUUACAAACAAAAAUGGAAAUUCUUUAACGACAUAAGUGAUCUGGACGAAGCUAUCAAAGCGCUUGAGAGACUUGAGCCUAUUAAAGACACUAUCAGAAGGGCAACCCUGGUCUCGAUAUUCAAAGACCUAGGAAAUUUAUACGGCGACAGAUCGCAGAUAUUGCAUACAGAUCAUGAUCUCGACAAAGCCAUAGCGAAAUUCGAGGAAUGUUUAGAAAUUGCUCGGAGUACGGAACCAGAUGAAUUGGAGAGGAUGGGAUGUGGGUAUGGAGCCAUGGCGGCGGAUGUGGCUCUAUUUUAUCUGAUUCGAUUUAGUCGGGGUAACGAUAUUGUGGACUUGACAAAUGCAAAAGAAAGAAUUGAGAUAGCAGAAGCGCUGGUGCCCUUGGAAAGCAGAGAGCGAGAGAAAGUGGAAGGAACAAAAAUAAUAGUUAUGCGGAUUUGCGAUAGGGUUGAGAGGGGAGAAGACUGGUCGCAAGGGGUCUUGUAA